AUGAAAGCUCUUAAUUCAGCAGAAAUGAUCGACUAUUUUAAGCAAGUCUGCUUUCAAAGACAAGACCGUUUGAUUCGUGUUUUGAAAACUUAUUCGUUUCAUCCAUACAAGAGUAAAAAUUUCGCCAACAACUUCUUGAUGACUUCUGUGGAUAUAACAGAUCUUCUGUGGAUAUAUGUUACUUACGCAGCUGCUGUUUGGGCUCACCCAAUGCAAAGUAGGAAAGUAAAACACCUUUACACCAUACAAAGACCCUUUGCAUUGGGUAUCACCAGAGCUUACCGUACGACCUCCUCAGACGCCAUUAACGUGCUCGCUGGCCUCCUUCCUCUACACAUUCGUGUCAAAGAGGAGGCAGCCAGACAAUUCGUAUUGCAACUGAAACGGCCAGUUUCCUUUGAUGAAGUCAAUUACCAUCCGGAGGAUUACGAAACCAACAGCUGCCAGUUCAGUGUCCAUCCAGCGGUCAAAGGCACGGGAGUAAAUAUUACCAUCAAUCCCACUACGACUCACCAUCCUGCACAGCACACCAUCUACACGGAUGGUUCGAAAAUUGACGAAAAAGUGGGAAGUGCGUUUGUAGUUAUGCAACAAGGAAAUCCAGACCAUCCUUCCGGCAUAAUACAAGGUAUCCAAGAAGACCUGUGGAAAAAUUCAUCUCUCCGUACCAAAUUGGAAUGGAUAAAAGCGCAUGCCGGCUACCACGGUAAUGAAUUAGCAGACCAUCUCGCCAAAGAAGCAGCUACAGGACAGACCGAUUUACAAAUUGACAUCCCAUGGCCUGUCUCAUUCCUGAAGAGGACUAUGCGUUUAAAGGCAAUUGGGCUAUGGCAGCAGACAUGGGACAAUAGCGAAACUGGGAGACGGGCUCAUUACCACAUCAGCUACGUGGAUACCACCAGGAACAUUGCCAACACGCAACUGGUCAGGUACAUUACGGGUCAUGGACCAUUUCCAGAAUAUUUCAACAGAUUCGGCAUAAGCCAUACCAGUCAGUGCACCUGUGGACAGACUGGCUCUCCGGAGCACUACAUAACAUCCUGUCCCCUUACAGAAGAGCUUCACGUCAACUUUCCGUCCACAAAUCGACAGGCCUUCU